AUAAAAGAGGCACCGCGCGGCGUUCAGCCACACACUCUCCAGCAGCUUCUCGUUCAGUAAAAAGUUCGCCCUAAGAAACCAAGAUGAAGACGUCGUUGCUGUGCCUCCUUCUGCUGGUAGCCGCGGCUGCCAGCGCUGCUGUCGGCGAGGCUGACGACUCUCAGCUAGAAGUCAGGAGUGACAAGGAUGAUGGUUCCCCGACGGUGUUACCAGAGACGCCCCAAGUGGGGCAAGAUGACGGGAAGAAAAAUACCAUGACUUUUUGCAACUACGGGAUGGUGUGCAUAACGCCGUAUUACCAAGUCUCCGAAUGGUUGGGGACGUACCGGGGGUACCACCCCGCUGGGAAAAUCUGCUUCCCAACCAAGCUCAUUAGCUGCUACUGCUGCCUUGAUUUCACUUUGAAAAAAAUUACCCUUAACGGUGUUACGCUUCUGUUGCAAGUCCGCACGUGAAAAGAAACACCGUGUCGCCGUUUUUAUUCUAAUUUAACACUAGA